AUGAAAAAUAGCCAUAUAAAGGUUGAGCCUUCUCCAGAUAUAAACCAGUUCGAAAUAUCUUCAUACAUCAACGGAAAAAGAGCAGAAAUUUCAGACAUUACAUCAAAAGUAAUUACCAAAACAUUGGAGAAAAUUGAGAAGCUUAAACACAGCCUAAAUUUCAUAAAAACAACAUCAAAGAACAUUGAUAAAAUAUAUAAGAAUAUAGAUGAUGGUAUAACUGAUGAUUCAAUAAUGAUCGGAGAAAGGUGAAUUUUAUAUAAUAUUGAAUGCGAAAGUGUUGAAAAUCUAUACGAAAUCAUUAAUGAAGAAGUGGAAAGUAAAAUGCUAAAAUUGAAUAAGUCUAUUAAUAAUUUAUAUAAAUGAAUUGAAGAGCCCUCUGAUAGGCAAGCAAACCCUGCACAAAUUCCAAUUAAAAGAAUGAAAGAAGAGAUAAGUGAUGGAAAUUUGUCUAAAAUUGAGAAUCCUAGGAAAAAAAUCAAAAUUGAAGAAAAAGGAACGAAGAAUCCUGAAAAAAAAAUCAAAAUUGAAGAAAAAAUUACUAAUUCCCCCUCCAGAAGCCAAUAAGGGGGUUAAAUUUUUUUUUUGAAAUUUAAAAAAAUCCCAAUUCUCAAAUAUUGGAAUUAAAUUAAUUUAUAAAAUUUAUUAUUUAAAACGCAUUUUUUUUUAAAAAUUAAACAGAAUGAGCUCGAAAUUUUAUUAUAUUAAUUAUCACUUACUCCCCCCCCCCCUCCGUGAGCGAACAAAAAAUUUUUGUUCGCUCACGGAGGGGGGUUAAUUUUUUUUUUUAAAAAAAAAUUUAUAUAUAAAUUUUAUAAAAAAUAUUUUUUUCGAAAUUUAAAAAAAUCCUAAUUUGCAAAAAUUGGAAGCAAAUAUUAAUUUAAUUUGCAAAAUUUAUGUUUUAAAACGCAAUUUGUUUAAAAUUAAACAGAAUUAGCUCUAGAUUUCAUUAUACUAAUUAUCACUUAUAUAUCAAAAAUUUUUUUCCAUUAAAAUUUUUUUCUAUUAAAAAAAUUUUUGUUCACUCACGGAGGGUGGGUUUUUGGUCAAAAAAUGGCGAUUUUUCUAAUGGUUUUGUUCGCUCACGGAGGGGGGGGGGGGAGUUAUAUAAAAUAAUUUUAUAUUAAAAUGAUUUUGUUUGCUCGCGAGUGUGGGUUUUUGGGAUUUUUCCAAUAGUUUUGUUCACUCCGGGAGGGAUGGGGGGAGUAAGAAUUCACAACUAAAUCCUACAAGUAGUGGCAUUACAGGGAAAAAUAAUACACUUUCAGUGAAAUCUGAAAUAAAAAAGGAGGAAAAUGGAUUCGAAGAAGAAACCAAGCAUGAAUUACCAAAAGAAAUAAAUUUUGGAUUAAAAAGAAACGAAAAUAAUCAGUUUUCCACUCAAGAUGUAUCUCAAAAGUCCCAGAAAGCAAGCUUUUUUGAAUCAGAUAAAUUAUUAUUUUUCAAUAAUAAAAACCUCGGGAUCUAUUAUUUAUCAGAUAACGAAAUAAAAGUUUCAAAAAUAGAUUUGGGAGAAAAUAUUAAUAAAUUUACAUCAAUGUGUGCAAUUCCAGAUGAAAAGGUCUUUUGCUAUGGAAAUUGUUUUAAUGGCAUUUUUUCAGGAAUAGCUUUUGAAAUUUCAUUCAAUUACGGAGCAAUUGAUAAAAUAAGAAACCUAAAAUCAGGUUAUCCAUGCUUAGGGGCAGGAAUAGCUUAUAAUAAUAAUUAUAUAUAUGCAUUUGGUGGUUCAGAUUCAGAUGGAGAAAUAGCUUAUGCUCGAAAAUACUCGCUUAAUGACAAUUGCUGAACCGAUAUUGCUAUGCUACCACAAACUUCUUAUCGUUAUUCUUGCUUUGGGUAUGGCAAUAGAAUAUUUUUAUCAGGAAAAAAUUAUAAAAAUCUAUAUUGCUAUUUUAUUUCUAAAAAUAUCUAUACUGUAGUGCUUAGCCAGCUUGAUGAAGAAAGGACUAAAAUUGUUUUUGCUCAUCAAUCAAGAAUAUUUAUUAUUCAAUGGGGAGGGAAAAUAUAUUCUUCGAAAAGUGGAAAUGUAUGGGAGAGUUUUGGUAAAUGUACCUACGGCGGCAAUGAGAAUUUACUUUCUUAUCAAAUAAUAUCGAAAAAGUCUGUCUUUUUUUCCUGUGGUACCAAAAUUUAUAAAUUCUGCUUACUCCCCCCCUUCGUGAAUGAACAAAAAAAUCUUGUUCGCUCUUAAUUUGUUUUUUUUAACAAAAAUUUAUAUAUAAAUUUUAUAGAAAAAUUUUUGUUCGAAAUUCUAAAAGAAUCCUAAUUCGCAAAAUUGGAAAGCGAACAUUAAUUUUUUUUUAUAAAAUUUAUAUUUUAAAACUCAAAUUUCUUAAAAUUAAACAGAUUUUAUUAUACUAAUUAUACUAAUUAUUGUUCGCUCUCGGAGAGUGGGUUUUUGGGCAAAAAAUAGGAAUUUUUCUAAUAGUUUUGUUUACUCAUGGAGGGGGAGUUAGGUUCUCGAAGUAUUAAAGAGCAAAUUGAAGUUUCAGCUUAUUUAAUCUAA